GUGUCCCAGCUGUGCAGCUGAAAAACAAAACAAGACAAGCUUCGACUGCACUAUGAUGGAUGAGCUCGUGCAGGACCUGGUGUCUGCACUGGAGCAGUCCUCGGAGCAGAGUAAACUCGGGGAGCUGUGGGAGGAAAUGGUCCUCAGUCCGCUGCAGCAGCGCCGUCAGAUCCGCCGCCGCCGAGUCCGCAAGCGCUGCCGCGAGUCGGCGCUCUAUUCGACGCAGCACAGACGUUGCUGGAUUGAGGCCUCGGAGUCCAGCUUGGAUGAGGCCAAACAGUACAGGCAGAACUCUUCCUCAGCCAUCGCUGCCUCUGUGGCCAACUGCAGCGACUCUGACGACCUGACUUCAACCAACCAGUGGCACUCCAUCAUGAGAGGCCCGGCCAGGACGAGGCAGCCCUCCUGGCCCGAGUCCGACUCCUUCACUGAGAACAGUACGGGACGGCCGCUCAGGAGGCGCAGGAAGGUCAAGCGUGUGACCCCAGGCGUCACGGUCAGGCUGCAGCAGAAGUUGAACGUUUCUGGUGUGGACGGGAAGCGGAGGUUCAGGUCGUCCAGGAUGCAGCAGCUGUCAGGAUCGAAGAAGAGGUCUGGUGGUUGGAUGGGAGCGGACCGACAUGCCGAGGGAGCCAGGCUGAUGGGGAAAGAAUGCUGGAAGAGGAAGAUGGUCAAGGAACACGGAGAUGGUGCAGACGAACACAUGUCUGAAGGGGAAACCAGCAGUACCUGCAGCAGUGACCCCGGCCUCUUCACCAAUGAUGAAGGAAGACAAGGCGAUGACGAGCAGAGUGACUGGAUGUUCGAGGGGGAGUGCGGAGCUGGGACUGGCGUUUCCAGCUUGUUGCCCAGCUGGGACUCAGAUAACCAGCUUUCCCUCGAGGAUAACCUCCCACCAGCGACCUUCCUGCAACCAGCACGGCCUUCUCGGAGAGGGUAUCGUUCACGUCUUAAACAGUUGCCUGCCUCUGCUGCCUGCUGCAUCAGGAAGGACAGGCGGAGGAUUCCCAGCAAGGGCAACAGGAUGCCAGUGUUUGUAGAGAGGCUGAGACAUUUCUCCCCAAGUCCCUACCAGAGAGACUUUUGGCUUCCACCUGUUGGAAAACGAGACCGAAGCCAGUUGAAUCCUUUGUGCCCAUUACCCGUGUGUCCUAUUGACAUGAUGUCAGAGAGCUCCCACCUCAGAUGUUCCUCCUCAAUCUGCACAAACAGGCAGACUAACCUCACCUCAGGAUUGUCACGCUCAGGAGACUUCAUGAGGAGGAGGAGGGAAACAGGAGCUUCACCCAUCGCAACAUCAGCUAGCAACUCAUUUCAUAAGGAUCACCAGAGAGAGGAGGCGCAGGGAGCCAGCAACACCUCCACCCCAGAGACGAGUGCAGCCGGUUCACAGACUGUCCUCUAGGGGCACCGUGGAGACACCUGGACGCCGGACACGAGCGUGCAAGAACUUGACAAAAGGAAAUCUGUUGUGCCUGAGAAUGGAACGUCUUCAGCUCCUCUCAUUACACAAACUUAAUGACAGAAAAAAGAAAAAAAUACAAAGCCCAUCAUUAGUCUUCAAAUCAGCAUGUAACUGGGAGAUCCAGUCUUUCCCACGUGGCAAAUGUUAAUGCAAUCAAGCCUUGUUAAGUCUUCUCCUGGAGGAAGACGGCAGCUUCAAGGGGCUCCCGGCUCGACUCAACACCCGUCAGCCACUCCUGGUUCCAUACUCGGCCUCCGGAACAUUUGCCACCACACCAAUCCAACCGAUUUCUGUCCACUCUAGUAGCGCAGCGUUUCUCAGCAGGAACUCAGGGAGCAUUGUCAGGUGAGGCUUAGUCUUCUGUACUUUUCGGAAUCCAACGAUGGCUGUGCAGCAGCACGUAGCGAGCUCGGAGACAGGAGAGCAUCAGAAUGUUUUGGCUGCCACACGCUGCUGCCGGGUUCAGAGAGGCCGACCGCCGGCAGAGAGCCGCACAAAGUACAGGCCUCCUAUUAGCAUGGAUUUGAAAAAGCUACAGUUUGUACAAAGCUGCUCAUUAGCACAACACAGAGGGAGUGUAGUCGCGGUCCUUGGAGGGGCCGCCUCUGUUCUCUGCGGCUCACCUUCCAUAUUCAAACCCUC